CGGCACGUGUCGGACGAGCUUCUGGACGCGGCGGCGAUUUCAGCUCCAUCGCUACCUCGUGAUUCACCACGCGUCCCGCCACCGCGGGGCAUCAGACGCGCCGGGAGACACAACACGGAGCGGCGUUGGUGGCAGUAGCAGUGGCAGCAGCAGCAGGGUGACAGCAGCAGCAGCAGGGUGACAGCAGCAGCAGUGGCAGCAGCAGCAGCAGCGGCGGCAGCAGCAGCGGUGGUGGUGGUGAGAGGCGUCAGAGCAGCCAUCGAUCCCCUCCGGCAGCUGCGGCACGAGUCGCUGCCUCGGGCUCGCGAGGAGCGGACGGAGCCGAAGGAGCGAAUUUGUGGAGCUGACGAGGGACCUGCGGUGACGUCCUCGAGUCCAGCAGAGACCUCGAGACUCGACAACAACAACAACAUCAUCAACAACAACAUCAACAACAACAUCAUCAACAACAUCGCACACGGGGUCACGAAAAAUCGUGAGAAACGUCUUGAAGAAUAAGCAAAGGCGUUGGAGACCGGUAAGACGCCUUUAUGACUAUCGGUGACCUUGAGAAUAAGGGAAUGUUUUUUUUUAGUAAUAAGAUUGAAGGCCGUUAAAUCUGAGGGGAGAUCUUGAGAGCAGGCAGAAGGAGGCACCUGGAAGAGCAGCAGCAGAGAGUUCGAAGGAAGGAAGGACAACAUCCGAGUGUCGCUGUCGCCGUUUCAAAAUCUGUGGCCCUUUCGAGACCCCGAGACGGGGACUUGGUUGUUGUUGUUGGAGUCACCCGCCGAUGUUUCGGUCCACGGAGGUUUUGGUGAAAUCCGGACGGGGGAGUGUCCGUCUCAACGCGUCUGUGACAGGCGCAAGCAGCUGAUGGCCAAGGAGGUCCCAGCGACUUGGGGAAGUGUUGGGGACCGAGAAGACCCAGAGGAUGUGGUGAGAGAGAGGAAGUGUGAGCUGUGAAGGGCGCUACCGAGGCCCGGAGACUGGGCAGGUUCCACGGACCAAGAGGCAUCGAGGAGCAGGAAGGGCCGAGAGGGUGCAGGGGACUUCACGGAGCGCCUUGGGAAGCGCCGGAGUUGUAAUCCCCGUACCUGGCUACGUACGGCGCGAACGAAGUUCAACGCACACGCGCACACAGCCCCCGUGGUGUUGCGAGCACCCAUCCACGCACGUCCGGGGAGGUGAAGGAGACUUGCGGGGGAGGCGAUCAGGCACCUGGGAAAGCCUUGAGGGAAGGGCGAGGAAGGCCGGAAAGGAACCCCCGGAGACGAGCAGGUUGGGGGCGCGCAGACGUUCCAGCGGAUCGCGUCAUCGGGAGAGUGGGUGGAUAGCGAAGGCCAGAGGUCAGGAGGGGCCGGGUGAGUAGGAAGAAGGGCCCCGGGAAGGCCCAGGGAGGCCUGGCGGUGGUGGAGCGGCAUGGGGGAGUCGCUGGACGUGAAGGCCCUCUGCCUGGCCUUCUUCGACUACAAGACGGAGAAGUUCGUGAUCGCGCGCAACAAGAAAGUCGGAGUCCUGUACCGCCUCCUGCAGCUCGGAGUCAUUGGCUACCUGCUCGGGUACGCGUGCAGGUGGGUGUUCGUGGUGAAGCGCGGCUACCAGGAGUGGGACUCGGCCCUCGAGAGUUCCGUCAUCACCAAGCUCAAGGGCGUCACGCUCGUCAACGCCUCCGAGGGGGGCACGCGCGUCUGGGACGUGGCCGACUACGUCAUCCCCCCGCAGGGAGAGAAUGUGUUCUUCGUGGUCACGAACCUCAUCGUGACUCCACUGCAAAGACAAAGCAAGUGCCCCGAGCACCCCAAGAUCCCCGGGGCGCUGUGCACCGAGGACAAGGAAUGCCCCGCUGGGGAGCCAUUCUCCACGGGCAACGGUCGCUCACCUGUACACACACCUGUACACACACCUGUACACACACACACCUGUACACACACCUGUACACACACACCUGUACACACACACCUGUACACACACACACCUGUACACACACACACCUGUACACACACACACCUGUACACACACACCUGUCUACACACCUUCUUCACACUCACACCUGUUCACGCUCACACCUGUUCACGUUCACACCUGUCCACGCUCACACCUGUUCACACUCACACCUGUUCACACUCACACCUGUCCACACUCACACCUGUUCACGCUCACACCUGUCCACACACCUGUUCACACUCACACCUGUUCACGCUCACACCUGUUCACACAGACAGCCGCUCACCUGUCCUCCUCUGCCUGCCAGGUAUCAGGACCGGUCGCUGUGUUCCUCACAGCCCGGGCAUUCGCACCUGUGAGAUCUCAGCCUGGUGCCCUGUGGAGAAUGCCACGGCCCCACGGAGGCCGGUGCUCGCCGGGGCUGAGAACUUCACAGUCUUCAUCAAGAACACAAUCCGGUUCCCCAAGUUUGACUUCAGCAAGCGUAACGUGCUGGAGCGCGCCGAGGCGGACUACCUGAAGCGCUGCCGCUACAACGCCACGGCCGCCCCCUACUGCCCCAUCUUCCGCCUGGGGCAGCUGGUGCGCGCAGCCAGCGAGGACUUCCACAGCCUCGCCGUGGAGGGUGGCGUUAUCGGGGUGCAGAUCGAGUGGAGCUGUAACCUGGACCGCCCCGCGAGUGAGUGUCACCCCGUCUACUCGUUCAACCGCCUGGACGCAGCGCGACCCCACCUCAAUGCCUCCUCUUCCUCGGGGUACAACUUCAGGUUCGCCAAAUACUACCGGCAGGCGGACGGCGGCGAGCAGCGUAAGCUCUUCAAGGUCUACGGCAUCCGCUUUGACGUGCUGGUGUUCGGCAAGGCAGGCAAGUUCAGCAUCGUUCCCACGGCCGUGAACGUGGGAUCAGGCCUGGCCCUGCUCGGAGCGGGGGCGUUUUUCUGUGACCUGGUGCUGUUGUACCUGAGCAAGCGGAGCCCCUUCUAUCGGGAAAAGAAAUACGAGGAAGCCAAGUUUCAGAGAGGAGAGAGCGUGCAGAUGGGGAUGAAGCGAGACUCUGUCACCAUCGCGACCAUCAUCUGACGGCGGGAGCGCGCGCUCACGCGCACACGGCUGCCCUUCGCCGCCGAGCGACGGUGCCAUCAUCCGCGACACGUGGGCCAGGCUAGGUGCACUUUGAGGCCGUCACGUGAAUGCAGAAGUGUGGAAGGCUAGCUGCAGGCAAGAAGGUCGUGGGACAGACACAGGUAUUGUUGUGAGUUAACCGACAUAAACGACUGGCAGGCGCACCACCCGUGCUCUGCACUGCGCCAACUUGCUGCAAUUUAGGCGCCCGGAAUUCCACUCGUUGUUGUGAGCGUCACUCCUCUGCCCUCUGUUGUGGGUGGAGGGCGACUGCGUUGCAGCUGUCCAGUAGCGUCCUUCACGAGCCUCCUCCACAGAGGCCGAUCUUGACAACACUGGUACCAGUUAUCUACAAAUCUAAUCAGCUCCACAUCCUCAUGUACCGCAUCAAUCCAUCUCUUCUCCAGCCCAUGCCACCUCGGUUGUUUAACCCCCUCUAUCUGGCCAAACAGAAGCUGCUUGGCCAUGUGGUGGCUGGGCAUGCAGGCUACGUGACCGCGCAAACGCAGCCUCGCCUGUCAGAGGAGCUCACUGAUGAUGGGGACUGUGACCGGAUCUUUCAAAGAUCUGUGAUGGAUCGUAGGCAGGCCAGCCUAAUUGUUUAAAACCAGCGCAAAUGUUCCUCUAAAGGGCUCCACGUUUCGCAAACAUAGCGAAGGGAGGACAUAACGUGCAUACACACGCGCACACAUACAUUUAUAAAGAUAUACACAUAUUAAUAUACAAAAUAUCAUACAGAAACAAAAACAUGUAUUGUACAUAUACACACAAAUGAUUCCCUGUGUAGCCUUAUAGACUGUGCAGACAAGUCGUGUUAGUGAGCACCUAUUAAGACCAGCGUGACAAGCAAGGAGGAUGGUGAGGCCAGCACCAUGCCAGGCCGCCUUUGUCUCUUCGGUGUUGUUGUUUACACACCUCACCAGUUAAUCACUCGAGGCCAAGCCAAUCUAGGAGGAGACCCAGGACCGGUUCAGAUAAUUGUCAUCGAUAUUGAUCAUGAGCAGGAAUCGAACUCGGGUCGCCGGGUUCGUAGCGCAGCAUGUUAACCACUGCACUACCGUUCCCAAAACAAAGAUCCCCGUAUAGCCUUAACAGACUAUUGGGGCAAGUGCUGUUAGCAAGUAGCAGCGCCUACGAAGCCCGGCACUGUGGCACACGAGGGGGGGCGACCAACACCACGCCCGGCCGCCUUUGUCAAGACCGAUUCAGAUGAUCGUCACCGGUGUUGGCCGUGAGCGGGACUCGAACUCGCGCGUUGCCGGGUUCAGAUUCAACUUGCGACCGCAGAUGUCUGCGGCGAGUAAUUGACAGGUUUACUGGGUUUGUGGCAAGAGUGCAAAGAGUGCUAUGACACUACACAUGGACGACCCCUUUUUAAAUUCACCCUCUCAUCUCACGCAGUAACUUAUAGCGAUAAUAUAUACACAUACGUGUGCAGCCUUUGAAAACAACUAAUCCGUACUCGCAAGCAGGAUAAAGAUGAAUCUGUUUUUGUAUGUUCACGAAUGCAUGUGUUUUAGAAUUACCAUGACCGUAUUCUCAGGAAUAUGAGACGCUCCCACAAAUGUAAGAUGCACCCCAAACUUGUCCACUGUCAAUAGAGUUCUAAAGAUCUGGAAGUACGUACGUUUAAACAUCACGAAUAGGAACACAGCUACCGGAUUAUGAGAGGCACCACCAAACUCUCGCUAUAAAAAUUCGGGCGAACAAAACGGUGUCUUAUUAUCCGGAGAACACUGCAAAACUUGAACUCGUAUCGCGUCUACGAGCCACUGCCUCUCAAGGCACGCUGUGCAAGAGACGGUGAACAGGGGCGGUCAGAGAUCAUCCCCAAACUGGGGGCGGCAGAGGAGAGAGCGAUUGGAACGUUGGGAGAACGCGACCCUCUCGAGGACAUUGGCAAGCAAGGUGAUAUGUGAGAUUAGAGGGAUAUUUCAGGGAUGGUGACGGGGGGGGGGGGUCCAGCGUUAGUUUAUUUCAGGACAGGAUAAAAAGCUACGCGCGUGUGACAUGUUUCAUACAGUUAGCUGUAAUCAGCAAAGUGCUGUGGAAGCGAUACGUAAAUCACACUCAGCGAUUUCGAUUUAAAGCUUUCGUGACUGCAGGGAUUCAUCUUCUUGGUUCUUUCGGUAUAGUCACGUAGAAGGGAAAUAAUAAACUAAUGAAAAUAAAACGUAAUAAAAAAUUCUCACGACGUUUCGGCCACAACACAAGCAGCCGUCCUCAGGUGAAGACAGAGCAGUCUGAAAGACAGCGCUCCAAUGAACACUGCUAAGCUUGGCAGCGUAUUUUUAUCUGGGUGGGAGGAGAAGAGCGCCUUGACAAAGGAGUUUACAUAUCAACAGAAGAAUUUAGCAUUGAAGAAACUGUGUUAAUGUGAGAGAAUUAGCAGGAUGUUAAAGUCAGAAAUGAACAUGUAACUGGGAGAUUAGCAUGAUGUUAAUGUGAGGAAUUAGCAUGUAACUGGUCACGGAAGUGGCUAUGUUAAAGUCAGAGUUUGCAUAUCAACAGAGGCAUUUAGUAUAUUGACGCUAAAGAACUGUUUGUGUUGUGGCCGAAACGUCGUGAGAAUUUUUUUGUUUUAUUUAUAUUUUUUUUUUUAUUUUUUUUAUUUUAUUAUUUCCCUUCGACGUGACUUUACCGAAAGAACCAAGAAGACAUUCCGCGGUGUCACGACGCGCACGGUCUAUCCACAUACGUCAACUCGACGUACUGCGAAACUUUAAGGGCCACUUUGUCGAUACACUUGGGGUCACACGAAGGCCGGAAACGUAUAAAGGGCAAGCAGGUAACUUUUAUCGUGAAAUAUCAACAUCAAUGAUCGUUGCGGUGGUGCUAAGAUUUACUCUGUUGUACACUGAAGUUACUUGUGCUUCUGUUUUGUGUUGUUCUCUCGCUUAAGCGGCGGGCUGCUGCACCUUGGAUAUGAGUAUGCGGGCCCACAGCAAACUCUGUCGACAAUUGACUUGUUCACGUUCUUCUCGCGUUGCACGUGUGCACACGAACACGCGUGAGUGGCCGAAUGAGGUCACGCAGCGUUGACAAGGUUGCCCUGUCGAGGUGUACAGAUGUUUAAUAAUAAUAUAAGUUAAUCAAGUGACUUUACCACGGUACAUAUAUACAGGGAGUCGAACCUAUUGCCAUUCCGCUUUGGUUCGGGUUAACCCAAAACCGAAAUGAAUAUUUAAGGUUUCAGUAGGUUCAAGAUAGGCUCAUAGGUCUGUACAGAUAUGUUUCAUGAACCCAUGCACUUGUAGUACUGCCAUCUCUUGCCCAACGUGCAUCACACAGUGGCAUCACGGAGAUUCAACAAAUCUCUGCUUUAUUCACCGACCCUUUCCUCAGGAGUACCACCACGCUCGCAGCAAUUAAAAUGCGGCAGUCUAUCGCAAGAAUAUUGUACCGUUUAGCAUCAUUUACUCUGAAAGAAUCCCCUCUCAUCGAUGUAUCUCCUUCUGAGUGAGCUCAAGCCUCCUGUGAAUCACGUGUCUUCUGUGUGGCCACCCUCACUCGGAAUCCCUCUCCUCACCGGCCCCUGUGGUAAGGGACGCCUCUCCGUGCAAGGACAUCGAGGCCCUUGCUGUCGCCUCUUCCCCCCUACCAUGUUGCUGGACAUCUGCGGAAAAAUACCGGAGAUUUGUUUAACAACAAAUAGAGCUCCACAGCCCAUCGGCUUUCUCCAGGAUAAAUACAGAUUCUGAUUCCUGACCCUUUGCUCCAGUUUUUUUCAUUUCUUCUUCAACCUUUUCCUCUUAUUUCCCAUUCUUUACCUUUCCCAUUCCCUUUGCCAUUCCCUUUUAACUUCUUACACGUUACACAGUCCUCCACUCUUCUUCUUUCCCGUGGUUGUGCCUCACUGGUCAUCACGCGAUCCGCCCCGUUCAGAUUGAUCAUCACCUCAUUCUCAAGCGAGAGGCGCUUGUGGUUUUAUACGCCGGCAAAACAACCACGUGGCAAUCGCCCUCUUGGGUGCCCCUUGACCACUUGGUGGACACUCCACAUUCCCUUGGCAGUGUGCACGCGUAUUUCCAUCGACGAGAAAAGGGCUAUGUUGUGAGUGGACGGGGGUGCGGUGAUAUCUAUUGUUGUGCAGUACUUCUAUGCUCCCUCGUCUUCGCUCCCUCACCUUCACCAGUGCCACCUGUGAUGGUGCAAUGGGUUACCACACCGGGACCGGACUUGCAAUCACCGAAGGUCGCUGGUUCAAUUCAAGUUUCAUUUCAUUUUAAAGUUUAAUUUAAUAGGUAUAGCCUUGCUGCGGAUUUCACACCUGGUGACGAUUGCUUGUGUUGCAGUCGAAACGUCGUGAGAAUUUUAUGGUUGUAUAUUUUUAUUAUUUUAUUAUUUCCCUUCUACGUGACUUUACCGAAAGAACCAAGAAUAUAUUAAAACAUCGUGAUGUUAAAACAUCUUAACAAUGUUAAAACAUCUUAACAAUGUUAAAACAUCUUAACAAUGUUUUGUUGCCGGAAAAAAGGGGAAAACCUAUUAUCAUAUUUAGGUACUGGCAAAGGAGGUCCCAUGAUGUAAUUAAAGUGUAAUUUUCCAUUUCUUGUAAAGUAUUGUAACGUGCCAACUUUAAAAUGACAUAUUUAUACGUAAUGCGCACUUUGGUUACACAAAAACUCGUACUUCAAGCUGUAUAAAAGUUGUGUCGCGAUGAUAAUCAUAAUAAUAAACGUAUUUGAUGAAAAGGUUGAUAUCGAUUGCCCCUCUGUGAACCAUCUUAAAUGCUUCGUAUUUUCGUUGGUGUUGGGAAA